AUGAGCGCGACAAAGCACAAGUUUCUGGACGCUUUCCAUGAUACAUUGUUUAAGCCGAGAUUUACAGGAACGUUUAGACGGCGAGUGCCCGCUGGCUUGGCGCUGUCAAGCGUUUGCAGCUUUAAUCUGAUCUAUUAUGCUGAUGAGUUUGACUCCGUUCCAGAGCCUUCAGUGGCUUCACACUCACACAGUGAGCUGGCAGCCGAAUCCAUCACCUGCGCUGUCCCAGCACUGCUCUCCCUCAUUCCUGUGUGCUCUCGCUCCCCCUUCGGCAUACAGGAGCACUUUCUACAAGAUGCUUUAGGCUGGAAACCACCGAAAGAUGGAAAGUCUGCAAAAAAGAAAGGAGGAAUCAGCAAGGCUGAAAAAGAGAGACUGCAGAGAGAGGAAGAGGAAAAAAGACAAAGAGAAGAAGAAGAGGCUCGUCUCAUUGCUGAGCGUGAGGAGCAUGAGCGACUUGAGAGGGAGCGAAUAGAACAAGAGAAGCAACAGAUACUUGAGUUAAAGGACAGAGAGCGCAGAGAGGACGAGCUGAAUGAACUGCGUCACAUUUUAGAUGAGAAUCACUUUGCAGUCACUGUGAGGGAAGCAGAAUGCAGAGAAAAGUCAAAGUGGGAGCGCUAUAUGCGUUGCGAUGGCAGUCCAGACCCGUCGGUGCAGCCUGAAAUCAACACCUACAUCAGUUUGUGGAGAGAUGACUCAGAAAACCAAAUCCAAAAGGUCUUGGAGGAAUGUGCUCUGACUCUUGAGUUGGAGAAGGAACUGGACUUUCUCUUGGGUGAUGGACCCGAGCCAAGCACUGCUAAGCAGUAUCAAGAAACACUUCUGAGUCUACAAAAUCUCAUCCACUACAAACUUAACCAGGCCACAGAGGAGCUCCUGAAGUUUGCAAAUUCUAAUUCCGACAUCGACACUGGAAAUAUGCAGACCGUGGUCAAAGACAGCAAUAUCACUCUUUGUUUGUGGGCGAAUCUUAACAAAAAUCCAAGGUUUAAAGGUUACAAGUUCGAGGAAGUAGGUCUGGGUUUUGAGCUGCCGAAGCCGCUGGCUGUAAUUGAGGUCGCAGUUCGGAUCCUUCACACACGCUAUGACCACUUGUCCCACUACAGCGAGCGAGAACAGCUCCAGAAAAGGAGAUCCAUGAUGGAGGCCAUACUUACUCAAAUUACUGAGAGUGCAGCAGCAGUGCAUGAUGGGAAGGUGGAGGGAGAGGGGGAUGAGAGUGAAAGCUCAAAGCAGGUGGAGGAGGAAUGCCAUUCAGUCAGAUCUGAGAGCAGGAAGAGGUCAAUUGUUAUUUUCUGCUUCAUUAAAUUGUCUCUAGAUAAACAUGACCCCUACCCAUCACCUGCUGAACCUGUGACUGACACUGAUGUCCAUAUAGUGGAUCUGCAGCAGUUCACACCUCUGGGUGGAGUCUUUUACUUUGACCUCUUCCACAUGCCGCCCCAGUCUCGCACAGUUAAAGGCUGUGAAAUGAGAAAGUUAUUAGACACUGGUCUCCAGGUCUUCCCCUACCCUACAGAGCAGUCCCGCAUCCAGAGCUCUACCUCAGUGAAGCUGGAUGAACACAGCACUACUGUACCCUCAUUGCCUGUAGGGGUCACUGUAGCUCUGCCUCACUCAAUAUUGUUUCUGGAAGAUCCACAAGUGGCACGUUGGGAUCCUAUUGGUCAGCACUGGCGGACAGACUGCAUUUCUGAGACAUCUUAUUAUGCAGAAUCCCGCAGAAUCUCCUUUCAGAUGACUGCAUUCUAUGCCUUCACGUUACUGCAGGAGACAUAUGCUAACAUGCCUUUCCAGUCAUGGGAGCUGAGACCUCUUGGCCAAGACUCAGCACUGUUCACAAUCACUGGAGCUCUAAUUGAAGUCAGCAUCACAGUCAAGGCAAGAGAGGCUGGUAAGCAGUGUAUGCUGCACAUGGAAGAGACAAAGGACUUGGACCAUCUUUUAGGGAAGUGGAUGAGCACAUCAGAACUGCAGAAGGCCAUGAGGAAAGCUGGGAUCAAUAUAUUUGUGAAUGAGUAUUCCGACAAAUACGUUAGCAUCAACUUAAAGGAUCCUUUAAUAGAGCACACUGUAUAUGAACAGAUGGCCUUAAUGUCCUCAGCUGUGGCCUUUUCAUGGAGCCGCUGGAACGCACAAUGUCGACAAGAGCACCUUGUUCUACAAGCAUGCGAACAGUUGGAGGCGGGGCCUAUAGCCGAGGAGGCGUGGUCUCUUUACCUGUUGGGUGCCCAGAGAAACCAGCACCUGAAGAUGAAGGAGCAGGAGGACAGCUUUUCUCCAGAGCUGGCUGAGGGUAGCGAGUUCCACUCCACAUUUCUGCACAUGCUCAGACAGGACAUGAGCACUGAGGGUCAAGCCAGAGUCCGUCAGUCUCACCAUCUCUACAUCGACACUGUACAGAAGCUCCUCUGUGCUACACGUGUCCUCACAUAUUCCUGAUAAGAGACAGGGAGUAUGCACAUCUAAAAAAAAAAAUAGACAACAGGCGCACACACAGUAACAUCUAAAACAUUUGACCGCUGUUUUGAAUAUAUACAUAUGAUAAGGUCAC